UUUUGGCUUUUAUCCCAGUAUCAGUGACUGGGCAUACAAAACACUUGCGGACUUUAUUUGUGUAAACAAAAACAAAGAAUUCAUGGCUUGGCCGGGAAAACUCUUAGUUACCUAUGAUAACUUCACCGCCGACUUGCCAGCUCUCAGGAUCGACAAGAAAACAGAAGGAUGCACUGGUUCCUGCAUCUGCAAGUGCAAGUGCUGUCGAGGAUUCAGGGAGAAGUACGUGGCAUUCAAUGGGGAAAACGCGCUGGCCUCGGAGAUUUCCAACGAGUUUUCCGAUGGAGACGUUGUCCAGAAAAUGAUGCGAUUCCGCAGCUCAGACAUGUUGCUCUUACUGCAUGCAGCGCAGCUACGGGAUAAUUUCUGGACCAAUCACUAUUUCAAGGCUGAUUUACACGAGGAUUAUCAGGCUAUUUUAAAUGUUUUCAAAGACAAAAACCGAAAAGUUCACUUGGAAACGGUGGCGGCAAUUAUGGAUACAGUGAGCACUGGCUAUAGACGAGCCGUUAGCCAGUUAGAAGGCCAAGAAGCCCAAGGAGCUCUGCGUCCCAAGUUCGCCGCGUUAACCUUGCCAGGAUUGCGUUGCGUUUGUCCUAAAUGUGAGCUCCUUCCCUGGAAAAAGCUACAGGAUGUGGAGGAUCACCAAAGGACUCACCGCUAUUCGGACAACUUUCACUGCCAGAUUUGCUACAGGCGUUUCUACCUGCAGCACUCAGUGACCGCCCACAUAAGCAGGCAAAUGGGAUCCAACUCGGAAGAACUCUAUGAAAAUGAGCGGUACAAACGAUUGCUGGAAAAGCUUAGGUCAGGAGAACAAGCGGAGUUGCAGAUAGCACCUGUCAAAGUUGAGGAUGUAGUGCUGCCAGCACUUAAAAACCCAAAGUUGUACUUCAAGGAGGAAUCAAAACCUCCUAUCCAAAGAAGAAAGACUUCAACUCACGCCCACUGUCCACUUUGUUACAAAAAGUACGGCUUCUCCUUUAGCCACCAGCUACAUAUGCUUAAGCAUAGAAGGAAUGGCCCAGAACAAAUGCUUUUUCCCUGCGCCUACUGCCACAAGUCUUUUCUCACCCUCAAAUUCCUAAGGAAACACCUCAACAGGGUUAGAAUCUCAAGUAUUCUGCGCUAUCGCCCCUACAAGUGUGGCAGUUGCCCACGGAGGUUCCAAUUGUGGUCUACCCUUAAAACACAUAUUAACCAAGUUCAUAAGCGCAUAAACACCUGUCUUAUUUGCCAGCUUCCUACUUUGGCCCGAUGUUGUUCCGCCCAUUGCGCCAAGGAAUGCAGAGAAGCCAUUAAAAACCACAGGGAAAAACAAAGACUUUUAAGAGGACCACCGAAGGCGGGCUGCAAGAAAAAGCCCAAACCAGUUUGCACAGUGUGCGGCAGCGAGUUCGAAAAUAAUUUUUUCCUCAGAGAGCACUUGAACAGGAAGCAUUUAAACAAGAGGAAUUUCACCUGUGAGAUCUGCGGAGCGAAUUUCUACAGUCAGGGCACCAUGCAAACCCAUCGAAAAUCAGUGCACCUCUUGAGUCAGACAGUCAAAUGCGAGGUGUGUGAACUGACCAUUAAAUCCAGGCGUAAUUACCUGAGGCACUUGAAGUCCCAAAGUCACAAGGACAAUUGGCUUAAGCUAGGAAAGAGUGCAAUAAAAUCUACCGAAGAUAAUCAUCAUAAUGGAACGAGUACGGAACAUUCUGCAAUAAACAACGAACGUACGGUAGCUGCCCAAGAUGGUCAAGAGAACAAGUCAGAAACCCCUUGCCGGUUUCAAAUGCCAGUAAAGGUUACUUUUUGUGAGGCCUGUGGAAAUUCAAUCAUAGGAAGUAUGCGACGGCAUUGCAAGUCGACUAAACACAGGCUUAACUUGGUUGUGUACAACAAAAAGUUCAACAAACACAUUUAAGACAUUUUGCUCUUACAGCAAGGAAGUGAUUAUCAUAAGAUUUCCAUUUUAAAAUGUAUUGUAAAAUUCGUGUCAAGUACAGUUUCUUCAAUCCUACUUGUAUGUAAAAUGACUGAUCAAUAAAAAAACAUUUUAA